AUGGCCCACUGUGAAAAGGCGAGAGGAUGGGGAGACGUCAGCGAGCACGGUCCGAAGGAAGCAGCCAGCGCCGGUCAACAUGCGGGAGAAAUGGAGAAGCGCCAGCGGCAUGUCGACAGCGUCGUCGUCCGGACGCCGAGCCAGACUGGUCGCGCGAGGGGUAGAGGCGAAAGCGGAAGCGCAUAUGAAACAAACUCGGAUGACGAGGAAGAUGGCGGUGCAACGCCCAUGUUCUCUUUACGCGGGAGCAGCUUCAUGAAGCUGAUUGCAGGAACCACUGGGCCCGCAAAGCCGGAGAGCGCUGAUAGACUUGCGACUGGCGGACGAGUGCUGGACGGAAGCGCGCAUGGUGAUGUGAAAAUGUACACGUUGACACUGAAGUGGACGCAUGCAACGCGGUUGUCGGAGCAGACGAUACGAGUGGGUUUCGCUAACGAAGAUGGAGACCUGGUGAAGGACGGUGGGUCAGCUGCCCUCGAGAGCGCGGCCAUCGAGAGGCUUUAA